AUGAAUAAGUGCGUGGAGGACACAACUAAUGAAGCCUCCAAUAUCCCUAUCGAUUUGCAAGAAAGAUACUCGCAUUGGAAGAAAAACACUAAACUACUUUAUGAUUACCUAAACACAAACUCAACGAAGUGGCCGUCCUUAACGUGCCAGUUCUUUCCUGAUUUGGAUACCACUUCGGAUGAGCACCGCAUCUUGUUAUCCUCUUUUACAUCUUCCCAAAAACCUGAGGAUGAGACCAUAUAUAUUAGCAGAAUAUCCACUCUAGGCCAUAUAAAAUGGUCAUCUUUGAAUAAUUUCGAUACGGACGAGAUGGAGUUCAAACCGGAGAACUCAACGAGGUAUCCCUCCAAACAUUUAGUGAACGAUAUCAGUAUUUUCUUUCCAAACGGGGAAUGCAAUAGGGCAAGAUAUUUGCCUCAAAAUCCAGAUAUUAUAGCCGGGGCCUCUUCGGAUGGUGCAAUCUACAUAUUCGAUAGAACGAAACACGGCUCUACUAGGAUAAGACAGUCCAAAAUUUCACAUCCCUUCGAGACCAAACUAUUCGGUUCACACGAUGUUAUCCAAGAUGUGGAGGCGAUGGAUACUUCUUCGGCAGAUAUAAAUGAGGCCACAUCAUUGGCCUGGAACUUACAACAGGAGGCGCUUUUACUAUCUUCUCACUCCAACGGCCAAGUACAAGUUUGGGACAUUAAACAAUAUUCGCACGAAAACCCCAUAAUAGAUUUACCCUUGGCCUCAAUAAACAGCGAUGGAAGCGCGGUGAACGAUGUGACUUGGAUGCCAACACACGAUUCCCUAUUCGCUGCUUGUACUGAGGGGAAUGCCGUUUCACUAUUCGAUCUAAGAACUAAGAAAGAGAAACUAAAGAGUAACUGUAAAAAACACGAUGGCGGUGUGAACUCUUGUAAGUUUAACUAUAAGAACUCUUUAAUCUUAGCAUCUGCCGAUUCAAAAGGCAGGAUAAAUUUAUGGGAUAUUAGAAACAUGAAUGAAAGCCCAAUCACUACCAUGGAGCAUGGUGCUUCCGUUUCGACUUUGGAAUGGAGUCCAAAUUUCGAUACUGUAUUGGCAACAGCUGGUCAAGAGGAUGGGUUAGUUAAGCUAUGGGACACUUCCUGUGAAGAAACUAUGUUUACACAUGGUGGUCACAUGCUCGGUGUGAACGACAUCUCGUGGGACGUCCAUGACCCUUGGUUAAUGUGCAGUGUGGCAAACGAUAACUCAGUUCACAUAUGGAAACCCGCAGAAAAUCUUGUGGGAUAUUCGUGA